AUGGCCCCAACCGACCCCUCCUCAGCGUUCAUCGAGCCCGACUCCAGCGACGCGGACUCGGUUUUUACAAACUCGACCGCCUACACCGAGAGCCUGCGCUCGAGCCUGCUCCAGAGCGUGCGCGAGAAUGGGCGCGGCUACCACAAGUAUUCCGACGGCAAGUACUUCAUCCCCGAGGACGAGCAGGAACAGGAGCGCCUGGACAUGCAGCACGAGAUCUGCCUGAUGACUUUAAACCGCAAGCUGCAUCUCGCCCCGGUGCCGUCCACCGUGCAGAACGUUCUUGAUCUCGGCACGGGCACAGGAAUCUGGGCAAUCGACUUUGCAGACCAGUACCCCUCGUCUAGUGUCAUUGGCACGGACCUCAGCCCAAUCCAGCCCUCGUGGGUGCCGCCAAACCUGAAAUUCGAAAUCGACGACUACGAGCAGCCCUGGACCUACGCGCAGAAGUUUGAUUUCAUCCACGCCCGCAUGCUCUCGGGCUCCAUUGCCAACGAGGAAAAUUUGUUUCGCCAGGUGUACGAUAAUUUAACGCCGGGCGGGUGGUUCGAGCUGUUUGAUUUUUCUUUCCCCGUGCGCUCAGACGAUGGCACCAUGCACGGGACAGCCUUUGAAACCCUGAAUAGCAAGCUGGUCGAAGGGCUACGCUUAAUCGGUCGCAACGGCGCUCUGGCCGACGAGUACAAGGGGCUGCUAACUCAGACCGGGUUCCAAAACGUCGUCGAAGUCAAGUACAAGUGGCCGCAGAAUUCCUGGCCAAAGGACAAGGAGUUGAAGAAAAUCGGACAGUGGAACAUGGUCAACACCUUGGAUGGCCUGCAUGGGUUUUCUGCGAGGCUCUGCACUCAGGUUCUGGGGAUGUCGGCGGCCGAGCUGGAGCUUUUGCUCGCGCAGUCCAGGAAGGACAUCACGAACCCGAAAGUCCACUCCUACUGGUCAAUUGUUGUGGCGUAUGGCCAGAAGCCAGCGGAGGCGUGA